AUGGGUCCUCAAGUCAAGUGGCCCCCUAAGAUGAAGGCCGCAGAGGCUAAUAGAAAUCCCAAGCGAUGGUGUGAGUUUCAUAGUGAUCAUGGUCAUACUACGGAGGAUUGCAUAACCCUAAAGAUGGAAGUCGCCGAGCUCCUCAAGAAAAGCUACCUACGGGAGUUCCUCUUGGAUAAAGCCAAGAACCUUCUAAAUAAAGAAGAUCCCAGUCUCCCUAUCAAGGCAGCUCCUGCAUUGCCACCACAGCAAGACCGGGUGAUCCAUGUCAUCACAGGCGGAUCAGAGGUGAGCGGAAUUAGCAGUGCUGCAGCCAAGAAAAGUACUCGCAAUGCCAGGAACGGUCAAGAGGCCGAGGGUCCCAAGCGCCUACUCCUUGGAACGGAUGAGAUCAGUUUCACUGCAAGGGAGGAGGAAAAGGUCCUCACUCCUCAUCACGACGCUCUCGUCAUUUCACUUACCAUAGCAAACUGCUUGGUCAAGCGGAUACUAGUAGAUAAUGGGAGCUCCAGCAACAUAAUCUUCUAUUCGGCCUUCGCCGACCUGGGUUUGGAACCUACAGCUCUAACCAGAAAGGCAACCCCCCUCGUAGGCUUCAGUGGAGAAGUCAAACAAACCUUAGGAGAGGUCCUUCUUCCCGUGUAUGCCGAAGGGGUAAACCAAGCCACGAAGUUCCUGGUCGUCGACUGCCCCUCAUCAUACAACGUGAUAUUGGGAAGGCCUUGGAUCCAUGACAUGGGAGCCGUACCUUCAACUUUGCACCAGCUGGCCAAGUUCCCAACCCCUUGGGGCAUCAGAGCGGUCAAGGGGGAUCAAGAGAAUGCUAGGUCUUGCUAUCAGACUACCCUUAGGGGAAAGACUCAGGUCUUAUAG